AUGGCAUUUUUGCAACUCUUUGUGGCGGCCACGAAGGUCGCCGGGCUCUUAAUAACUGUGACGGUUGCUUCCCACGCCUUCUCCUUCUCUCGUUUCAAGAGAAAGAAUCUCCGCCCGUUCCGCUCACCUAUUGAUGAAACUGCAGAUACUCUCGCCGUUUUCAACGUUGAUGGAGGGGAAAAUGAAUUUUUCUUUGGAUUGGCAACUGCACCGGCUCACGUCGAAGACCACCUUGAUGAUGCUUGGCUUCAGUUUGCUGAAGAAAGCCCUUGUGACAAAUCAAACUCCCAUGAAGGAGGGACGCAAGCUGAUGCACUGAUUGGCUCGGCUGCGGCGGAUGGUGGGUCUCACCAAGCUUGCUUGUUGGAGAAAGAAGCUAAAAGGACCAUGAAGAAAAAGAAGCCUAUGAAGAUAGCCAUGGAAGCCAUGAUCCGAGGGUUUGAGAAAUUCAUCGAAGAGGAAGAAGAAGUUUCCACAUCAAGUGAAGGAUGCCAUCACAAUGUAGCUGCAUGGCACAAUGUUCCACACCCGGAAGAGAGGCUAAGAUUUUGGUCUGAUCCUGAUACAGAACUGAAGCUUGCAAAAGAUACUGGCAUCAGCAUAUUUAGAAUGGGAAUAGAUUGGACAAGGAUCAUGCCUGAGGAACCAGUCAAUGGGCUCAAACAAACUGUUAAUUAUGCAGCACUGGAGCGAUAUAAGUGGAUCAUCAAUAGGGUUCGCUCAUAUGGAAUGAAGGUGAUGCUCACCUUGUUCCACCACUCAUUGCCACCAUGGGCUGGAGAGUAUGGUGGGUGGAAGAUGGAGAAAACUAUUGAUUACUUCAUGGAUUUUACGAGGCUUGUUGUUGACACUGUAUCAGAUAUGGUAGACUAUUGGGUGACAUUUAAUGAGCCUCACGUCUUUUGUAUGCUUACUUAUUGUGCUGGUGCUUGGCCUGGUGGUCAUCCUGAUAUGCUGGAGGUCGUCACUUCUGCUCUACCAAAGGGUGUUUUCCAACAAGCCCUGCAUUGGAUGGCAAUUGCACAUUCAAAGGCCUAUGACUAUAUUCAUGAGAAAAGCAUGAUAUCAAAUCCUUUAGUUGGAGCAGCACAUCAUGUCUCUUUCAUGCGCCCAUAUGGUCUUUUUGAUAUAGCCGCUGUUUCUCUGGCUAAUUCCCUGACCCUCUUCCCUUACUUGGACUCCAUCUCUGACAAGAUGGAUUAUAUAGGCAUAAACUAUUAUGGACAGGAAGUAGUCUCUGGUGCUGGAUUGAAGCUAGUGGAGACUGAUGAGUAUAGUGAAUCUGGACGUGGAGUGUAUCCCGAUGGCCUGUAUCGCAUGCUGAUUCAGUUCCAUGAAAGAUACAAACAUCUAAAUGUUCCAUUCAUUAUUAGUGAAAAUGGUGUUUCUGAUGGGACAGAUAUGAUACGUCGGCCAUACCUCUUGGAGCAUUUACUUGCUAUUCAUGCCGCAAUGAUUAUGGGUGUCCCUGUGCUUGGCUACUUAUUCUGGACUAUUUCUGACAACUGGGAGUGGGCUGAUGGAUAUGGUCCCAAGUUUGGAUUGGUAGCAGUUGAUCGUGCCAAUGGGCUUGCUCGAAUUCCACGUCCUUCAUACCAUCUAUUUACCAAGGUGGCGACUACUGGUAAAAUUACACGUGAAGAUCGGGCACAUGUGUGGAGGGAACUCCUAGGAGCUGCAAAGGAGAAAAAGAAACGGCCAUUUUAUCGAGCUGUUGAUAAACAUGGCUUAAUGUAUGCUGGAGGCCUUGACCAACCUAUAGAACGACCUUAUAUCGAGCGAGAUUGGCGUUUUGGGCACUAUGAGAUGGAUGGUCUGCAGGACCCAUUUAGCUCCAUAGCAAGAUGCAUUCUCCGACCAUUUUCCACAAACAGGAAAAGUAUAUCUGAAAACGAUGACACUGAUUUGGUUCUUCAGCCUCUUGAACUUAGUUUAUGAUUGAAUAGACAUAUACUCCCUCCCAUAGUAUUUUACUGAAAUUGAGGCUGUAGCACUAUUGGAGCAACAGGUACACAAUUUCAAUGGUGUUCCUAGUCUGAGUCUAUUUCCGACUGGAAAUUUAGCAUGUUGACUCAAUACCCAAAAAAUUAGUUGAUAAAUGUUGUUCCAUCAGUGGAUAUGUUUUAUACCAAAUCUUCUAUCUCAAAGUGUAGCCCUCAGAAAAAGGAAUGACCUGAAGUUCCUUUGCUUGGAAACAUCUCUGGCAAUCGUUAUUCUGAAUGUUGAGAAAUCUAUCUGUU